UGUAAGUUAUAAACUUUUAAUAGGGAUCAUUUAUCGUCGAACGACAUCGAUGGAAUAAGCCCGUGUGCUCUUUUCACCACUCACUUUGGCCACCAAAACAUCAAGUUAAAAAAAUAUUAAAAGCCAAGCAAGCAUUUUAUGGGCUGAAAUGCAUGUCAAUAUUGCUGACUCGAGAAAGAGGAAGUAUGAGGUCACCAGUCAGAAUGACCCACAACGAACUCUUUUCCUACUAUGUUCAUUAUUUGUAUUUUGGCAAGUAUCAUCGUUGCUUGCUUCUUAUUAUGCAUGUUAGUCUAUCACCUCUGAAAAUAUUGCUGCUUGAAGCGUCUCGCUCGAAAAGAAGAUCAAGUCCAAAAAGAUCUGGAGCAUAAGUACCACGACCAACAUAAAAAUUAUGGGAUUGUUUAUGGAUUCCAAGUUGAUUCAAUACCUCUAAAGACAGCCCAGGUGCUUCACUGCAAGAGCUUUAGCUACCAAGAACUAGACAUAUUUGAAAAUUCGAAAAAGGCUGGAGAUGAAGAGCUCAAGUCUCAAAAUAUGAAAGUAUAUAACUUCCGUAAAACUAAGAAGGGAAGUGGCCCAAACCACGAAACCUGAGAUUCUGGCAGAUCUUUUGCCAUUGACCAACACUGAGACCAGCUCUUUAUUGGUGAAGAUUCUGAUAAUCUAGGAGUGGGAACAUUCACAGAAAGGUUACCAGACUACAACGAUUUUAUGACCAACGAGAGUAUUGGAAGAUACAAAUUGGGAUAAAUUUGAGCACCACUGAGUGAAAUAUUUGCUGAAAUAAGUAAUCUCCUUUUUUGAAAAAUAAGAACUGUUC